AUGCAUAGCUUCCAGUGCUCUCCGUCCUAUGUUGACCAACCAUCUUCUCGUCUGUCUGCUCGCGGAAGAUCCAAUACUGUUGCAUACUACAGCAAUACAGCCGACCCACCCUUGUCCGAGGAGAAGAUCCAGAAGAGUUUCGGCAAGAGAAUGCGAGACCUUGUGGUGCGACAGGACAGACAAAAGAAACAGAAGAAUAGCAAAGCUAUUAAUCCUGCCAAGCCACCAUUUGUUUAUGAAGCCGUUUCCCUCCAAACUUACAAGGAGAUGGUGGCAGACGAGCAAGAUCGGUUGGUUGUUGUUCGAUUCUAUGCCAAAUGGUGUCGUGCUUGCAAGGCCGUGGAACCCCUCUUUUACCGCAUGGCUCACUCCAUGCCCGAUGUCAAGUUUGUAGAGGUGCCCGUGCUGGAGGAGAAUGCCAACUUGCAUCAAGGGCUCGAAGUACCAUCCCUCCCGUAUGGACACAUCUACAGUCCCACUGCAGGAUUGGUGGAAGAAAUUCGAAUGGUCAAGCCAGAGUUCAAAAGCUUUCAAAAAGUUGUCGAGACAUACCGGGCGGGGGAGUGCGCUGACCUGGAGAUGGAUCCAGAGACUGGCCUGUUUUUGUCGCCAUUUGUUUCCAAGGGAGGAGCUUGCAAGAAAUAG